GGUCAUUGUGAAGAAGGGCUACGGAAAGCUGAGGAGUCUAUUAGUCUCCAAAGAUCAUUUGAGGCGUUUUUCUUAAAAGCCUAUGCAUUAGCUGACUCUAGUCUGGAUCCAUCAUCUUCAUCCAAUGUUAUAUUGCUUCUCCAUGAAGCCCAGAAAUGCCCCUCAGAUAGACUUCGGAAAGGUCAGGCCCUAAACAAUCUUGGAAGUGUCUAUGUUGAUUGUGGUAAACUAGAUGAAGCAGCUGAUUGCUACAUCAAUGCCCUUAAAAUUCGGCAUACCCGAGCACAUCAAGGCCUCGCCCGUGUCCAUUUCUUGAGAAAUGAUAAAAAUGCUGCAUAUGCUGAGAUGAGUAAACUGAUCGAAAAGGCAAGGAACAAUGCAUCUGCCUAUGAGAAAAGGUCCGAGUACUGUGAGAAUGAACUCACAAAGGCAGAUCUAGAUAUGGUCACUCGCUUAGAUCCUCUAAGGGUUUACCCGUACAGAUAUCGAGCUGCAGUGUUGAUGGACAAUCGCAAGGAGGAUGAGGCAAUUGCAGAACUAUCGAGGGCUAUUUCAUUCAAAGCGGAUCUUCACCUUCUUCACCUACGCGCUGCAUUCCACGAACAUAUGGGCGAUGUUACAGGGGCCCUGCGAGACUGUCGGGCUGCUCUUUCAGUCGAUCCCGACCACCAAGAGAUGCUAGAACUUCAUAGUCGCAUGAACAGCCAAGAACCUUAAACCAAGAUGGGGCAAAAAGAAAAAGGAAAA